AUGGACCGGUCGUCCUCUCCUUUCUUUCUGGUACCGAUACCAGAGUGCCGUUCUUUUGUUACUUCCUCCUCUGACCGAUCCUCUUCUCCCUUUAUUUUGGAACCGUCUGACUCGCCAACGCUUCCUCCCACUUCUGUAGUGAUUCGGAAAAAGGUGGCGCCUCGGCCCACGCUUAUCCCACCACCUCCUUCUGGCCAGCUGCGACAGCGACCAUUGCGUCCCGCCUCCCGAUUGCCUGUACCAGUCAUUCGUCAGGUCCAACCGCCACGUACCGUCACUCCCCCGCAGUCAGCAUUGGUGUCGCAGUCUUUGAUGGACCGUCGAUGGGCUCGUCAGCAGCGUGAACGCCCUUGGGCUUCCGCUACCCGUUCGACUCCUAUUAGACUCACCUCUGCACUAGCCCGGUCCAUCAUCUCUCGUUCAGCCGUUCGAUCGGCACCGCAUAAGCCUCUUCAAGGCGCCGACAGUUACCGGAGUGUGAACUCCGCCAAGGCACCAGCGAAGAAGGUUUCUUUUGCUGAGGUUAAGACCGUGAAGGUUGUCUCGCGCUGGAUCAAUGACGUGCCUGCCGAUUAUUCGGAAUGGCGCCAUCAUUGA